AUGGGUCUCUUCAAACGCAACUCUAAAAACUCGGUGCAGAGCGACAGGGAUGAAGAAGACUCCUUCGUUUCGGUCAACAGCGCCCGUACAUCCAAUACAUCCUUGCGAUCGCCCGGAUAUAAAGGCAGUGGGCUACCAGCCUCGAUUCCCGAGAUCCCCGUUGCAAGACCGCCCGACCCUGCAUUGGACCCGGCCGCCUAUCUUCGCAGCAUCCAUGCCGUGCGCGAGCGUACCAGUAUCAUCCUGGACGCCGCCAAACACAACCAAUUGCAGCAUUUCGAUGUGGACAUGAGCAAAUUCAAAGUGACCGCACAAUAUGUAGUUUCAAUCAUCAAGCGGGACUAUGCGCCAGACUACCAAACCAUUCCUCCUCACGGCCGCUGGCAGCACUUUGACGUCGGCGGUCGACCCCGUAUCAACCAACUUCUUCAAUCAUGGCCGAGCAGCGUCGACUCGCAGGAACGCACACGCCGCCUCAUCGACCUUUUCGUGGUCUCGGUCUUACUCGACGCCGGCGCCGGCACGAAAUGGUCCUACAAAUCGAAAGAAUCCGGUAAAGUGUAUUCGCGCAGCGAGGGUCUGGCCGUCGCCAGUCUGGAAAUGUUCAAGUCCGGUCUUCUCAGCAGCGAUCCCUCCGAGCCCUGCCAGGUGGAUGGUCUCGGUCUCAGCCGGAUGACGGUGGAAAAGUUAGCCAAGGGGAUGCAGCACUCGGAGCAAAAUCCGCUGGCCGGAAUUGAAGGACGCGCUGGCCUUUUGGUGCGACUGUCCGAGGCGCUGAAACGUCAAGAUUUCUUCGGUGUGGACGCCCGGCCUGGUAACAUGCUUGAUUACUUGCUCGGUCACCCGUCAACAUUGGCGUCUUCUGUACCCAUUGUGCCGAUUACGACUCUCUGGUCCGUGUUGAUGGAUGGCUUCUCGUCGAUUUGGCCGCCCUCCCGAACGCAGAUUGACGGUGUCGCCAUUGGCGAUGCCUGGCCGUGUUCCCGUCUUCCGCAACCACCCGCAGUUCCCGCAUGGGAAGGUAUCAUCCCCUUCCACAAGCUCACGCAAUGGUUGUGCUACUCGAUCAUGGUGCCCAUGUCCAAACUGAUGUCGAUUCAUUUCGCCGGGAGUGAUCUGCUGACCGGGUUGCCGGAGUACCGCAAUGGAGGCCUUCUGAUCGACAUGGGCCUCCUGAGCCUGAAAAAGCCCGAUAUGGAGCGUGGUCUCAAGUCGUUCAGGGAGAAUGCGCAGAUCAAGGGCCAGCCCAACAUGGAAGUGGUACCUUUAUUCUCCACAGAUGAUAAUGUGAUUGUGGAAUGGAGAGCGGUCACCGUGGGCUUCCUGGACGAGCUGUUGGUGGAGGUGAACAAACAGCUCGGUCUCACUAGCCCCGGGGACCAGCUGACUUUGGCACAGAUGCUGGAGGCUGGCACAUGGAAGGGUGGGCGCGAGAUUGCUGAGGUUUCGAGGCCGAACACCAAGGAGCCCCCCAUCAUGAUCCGGUCUGAUGGGACAGUCUUCUGA